CGGGAGGCGGGGUAUGGGGCGGGGCUAAAUGCAGAGGGGACGUCAGCCCCAUCAGUUUCCGCCAGUUGCGGCUGUUGUCCCCACCGACUGUGGUCUACCGAGGUCAUGUUGCCCAACACCGGGAAGCUAGCAGGAUGUACAAUUUUUAUAACAGGUGCCAGCCGUGGCAUUGGCAAAGCUAUUGCAUUGAAAGCAGCAAAGGAUGGAGCAAAUGUUGUCAUUGCUGCAAAGACAACCCAGGCACACCCCAAACUUCCAGGCACAAUCUAUACUGCUGCUGAAGAAAUCAAAGCAGCUGGAGGAAAGGCCUUGCCAUGUGUUGUUGACGUGAGAGAUGAACAGCAAAUCAACAAUGCAGUGGAGAAAGCAGUCGAGAAAUUUGGAGGAAUUGAUAUUUUGGUGAAUAAUGCCAGUGCUAUUAGCUUGACCAACACGUUGGAAACACCUACGAAGAGAGUGGACUUGAUGAUGAAUGUCAACACCAGAGGCACCUACCUUACAUCCAAAGCAUGUAUUCCUUAUUUGAAAAAGAGUAAAAUUGCACAUAUCCUCAACCUCAGCCCACCACUGAACCUAAAUCCACUGUGGUUCAAACAGCACUGUGCUUAUACCAUUGCUAAGUAUGGUAUGUCUAUGUGUGUGCUUGGAAUGGCAGAAGAAUUUAAAGGUGAAAUUGCAGUCAAUGCACUGUGGCCUAAAACAGCCAUACACACUGCUGCUAUGGAUAUGCUGGGAGGAUCUGGUGUCGAAAGACAAUGCAGAAAAGUUGAUAUCAUUGCAGAUGCCGCAUACUGCAUUUUCAAAAAGCCAAAAAAUUUUACUGGCAACUUUAUUAUUGAUGAAAAUAUCUUAAAAGAAGAAGGAAUAAAAAAUUUUGAUGUCUAUGCCAUUGCACCAGGCCAUCCUUUGAUACCAGAUUUCUUCUUGGAUGAACAGCCAGAUACUACUAAGAAAAUGGAAUCACAUGGUGCUAUUCCAGAAUUGAAAGAAGAGACGCUGCAGCCACCACCAAAACCACGUUCUGGAGCUGUGGAAGAAACGUUCAGAAUUGUUAAGGACUGUCUCAGUGAUGACAUCGUUAAAGCCACACAAGCAGUCUAUCAGUUUGAACUCUCAGGUGAAGAUGGUGGAACAUGGUUUCUUGAUCUUAAAAGCAAGGGUGGGAAUGUCGGAUAUGGAGAGCCCUCUGAUCGGGCAGAUGUGGUGAUGAGUAUGUCUACUGACGAUUUUGUAAAAAUGUUUUCAGAGAGCUUGUGUGUGUCCUAGUGAAGGUUUACUAAUACAGCAGACACAUAUUGUGCCUUUUGGAGACAUGCCCUAUAUAUAAAUUUGGCAUAAUAUAGGUCAGAAAACUAUAAAUGAGAAUCAGACACACCUGGCUUUGGAUUGCAGCACUGUUACAUAUAAGCUGUGUGAUCUUAUAAAUGUAAAAAUCCUCUCUGAGCCUCAUUUUCCUCAUUAAUUCCACUGUGUGCCAGACCCUGUACCAGCACUGGAAUGAGAGUAGCAAAUAAAAAGAAAGUUUCCUCUCUCCAUGGAGCUUCUUUUUAUUAUAUGUUGUUAUUAGCUACAAUUCUAUUUUAAUGUUCACUGUAUUAUAUCUGGGCAUUUCUGUGGUUAAAAUAAUGCUAACACAUACUUUUGUGUUCAUACAUUAUACUUUUGAUGAUCAUUUCCUUUACACCAUUAUGACUUUUUGAAUCUAAACUUGGAAUGUUAAGAGUUUAGUGAACCAUAAUAGAGUGCAAAAUUAACUAAAAAGGAUAGUAUAUGUUUACCACAAUUCAUUUGAGGGCCAUCUAUUCUUUAUUGUACUUUAACUAGUAUAUAAAUGUUGCAUCUUCAGCUUUUUGGUAUAAUCUUUUGUUGAUUGUUAUUUUUACAUUAUCUCUCAUAUAAUAAAAUAUUGUUAGCAUCUAAGUCUAGGAAUUGGGAUUCCCAAGAUACUGAUAAAAAUAUGCUGUAAAAGAAAUUUCUGUGCUUUAGAGGUCUAUAGAACUCAAAGGGAUUCUUUCUACAAUUCAUGUUCUUGAAGCAGUGUAUCCCUGAGG